AUGAAAAUUACGUACAAUUUUACGUCACCAGUUGCUGUAAAGGUCGAAGAAAUCAAAGCCAAAUCAAAAGAUGAUGGAGUAAUCCGUGAUGUCGUAUUAGCGCUUAACGGAGAAUGUUUAACGGAACGUGCAAAGUCAUUCAAACCUUAUAUGACGGAAUUGUGCGUAUCAGAAGACGUGUUGUUAAGGGGAGAGAGGAUCGUCAUUCCACACUCUCUACAGGAUCGCAUUCUAAAUCUGGCACAUGAAGGACAUCCUGGUAUUGUCGUAAUGAAACGGCGCUUGCGACAUAAAGUCUGGUGGCCCAUUAUGGAUAAACAAGUUGAAAUAUUUGUCAAAAGCUGCAAAGAAUGUACCCUGGUAUCCUCUUUAUCUCCGCCGGAACCAUUGAUUCGAACUAAAAUGCCGGAUAAACCAUGGACCCACAUCGCUAUUGACUUUAUGGGACCACUUCCUUCCGGCCACAACUUAUUGGUUCUUAUUGACUACUUUAGUCGCUUCAUUGAAGUAGUUAUCAUGCGAGAAAUAACAGCAAAGCUAACGAUUCAAGCACUACAUGAAACAUUUUGCCGUUAUGGAAUACCGGAAACAAUGGAGACAGAUAAUGGUCCGCAGUUUGUGAGUGAGGCAAUGGAUCAGUUCUGUGAAGAAUUUGGAAUUAAUUUAAUGAAAACCUCGCCAUAUUGGCCUCAAGCUAAUGGAGAAGUGGAGAGAGCUAAUAGGUCACUCAAAAAGCGACUUCAAAUCAGUCAAGAAAUGUCAAAUGCCGAUUGGAAAUGGGAUCUUAGAAUGUACCUUUUAAUGUAUAAUUCCACACCUCACUCCACCACUGGAGUAGCUCCAUCGGCGUUAAUGUUUGGAAGGGUUCUCCGUGACAAACUUCCCGAAAUGCGUACGUUAGGAACCAAGUUGGUAGAGGACGUAAUGGACCGCGACAGUGAAAAGAAGCUGAAAGAGGCAGAAUAUGCAGACAAACGCAGACAUGCCCAACCGAGUCAAAUUAAAGCAGGGGAUACAGUGAUUGCUAAGCGUAUGAUUAAGGCCAAUAAGUUAUCCAGUAAUUUCAGUCCCGAAGAAUUAGAAGUGCUGUAUCGGACUGGUUCCAAUGUUGCAGUAAGAUCAAAAGAGUCUGGAAGAAUUCUACAUCGGAACGUGUUUCACCUUAAACCUGUUGUAUCUGGUUAUCAUACAACGGACCAAGGCAGUAGCAGUGCUCAAGAAACUACUGAAGAUUCGGAAGCAAUAUCAAACCACCAAGCAGCUCCGGAAACAACAUUAGGAGAUUCAAAUUCAGAAACAGUAGUUCUCAAACAGAGACCUCAACGAGCUCUUCGGCAGCCUAGGUAUUCAAAUGAUUUUCAAGUGAAUAUUGUUCGAAACAUGAAGGAAAAGGAGGGAAUGUAG